AUGCCCGAAACUAACGGUAUUUCUUCCAGCCAUGAUAAUGACACCAUCGCAAUCGCAACAUCUCACUUGGGAAAGAGGAAACGAACUGUAUCUCCUGAACCAACCACUCCUUCCGAAAAACCUCGCGAUGCUUCACUUCACGAAACACUCCAGAAAGUUUUACAUGUAUUUCGAAAGCAUGACACGAAGCCAUCCCUCCUCAAAUACCCUCUACCACCAUCUGCCUCAGACAGUCCCAGCGUCAAAAAGGCACGCCUCACAGAGUCCGAGGUUACGAACGACACCAUCGAGCAACGUAUCCUUACGGAACGCUAUCACUCACUAGAUGCCUUGUCGGAAGAUGUCAACACUGCUAAGAACGCCCUUCUCAACGAGUUCUCAAGUGUCACUCCCAAUGGACAAGUGGAACACGUCACAGUACCCGAUGUCGAUCUCAAAAUGCAAGCGUCCAAUCUCGUCACACUCGUGCUCAACUGCCUGAAAGAACCCUCGCCUUCACUGCUCCCCAAUGGUGGAACAUCAAGCGGUGAUGCCAAAGACUUGGACGGUCCAAUUCAGUCAAAUCCGCGCAGUUGCCAGGUCCUAUCCCUUCGCACCCAGACACAUGGCCAGACACCACUUUUGUACUCUGGUUUACAAAAUAAAGGAGAGGAAAAUAACCAUGAGGGAGACACAAGUUCUGCGGACGAUGGUCUGGCCUUACCGAAUGGCUUCGAGUUGACUGACUUUGCUGCAUUGAAUGCUGUCAUCAAACCGCAAAAGCUGGCCCCCCGAACCUUUGGCGAAGUCUUUGGUUCACAUGCCAGUGCCCAUGUUACGCCACUGGACGAGCCCAAGCCAUCGAGAAAUUCUACAAGAUCCAAAGAACUCAACUUCUUACCAGUCGCCGGUAUCAGCAAGAAUCCUUCAAAAUCAAAGAUUGAUUACAAGGAUGCUGAAUUGUCUAUCGGCAAAUGGAUUACGAACCGCUUUAGCAAUUCUCGGAAUCCCUCUCUAUCUACCACAACCCUUCACAGGUCAGAAAAAGCGUCUCAGGCGCGUUCAGCAGAUGACGAGGAAGCGCUAUUUCGCAGCGCAUAUUCUUCCUUUGCACCUACUUCAGACAAUACCGAUGCUGUCAUUUCGUCAGAAGAUAUGGCUCAAUACUGGUGGCGGAAAUCAGGAGUUCGAAAACUAUCGACCUCAUUCAGUACACCUGAUACCAACGGGAAUGGAAAAGAAGAGAUCACACCAGAAAUCCAGGACUUUGAGAACAUCCUUGAGAACUGGAUUCCAGCCCAAAACGAGGGAUUUCCAAGUACGGAGGUGAAAGAAAUCAAUGAUGCCAAUGAUCUACUGGAAGAAGUGUCUGAACUUAUCCAGACAUUGAGCUCAUAUCAACGAAACCGGAGCCUAGACGGUUCAGGACGGAUACCGGAACCAUCUGAGGCCGAGUUUGAUGUCUUUGCAUUGCUCCGGACCCAGCUCCGCCUCCUCGUGGAUGCUUUGCCUCCCUUCGCAAUCGCCAAGCUAAAUGGUGAUCAGCUUGAAGAAUUGAACAUCUCCACCAAUCUCCUAGUCAACGCACCCGAAUAUGCCGGCACUGGACAGCUUGAUGAAUAUGCAUCAAGUAGGAAACGAAUCAGUGCAGCAGCCGCAGCCGCAGUGGCCCCUAGUCGACCAGCAGUACCACCUCAGGUGCGACCCAGUUAUGUACCACCUCAGGCCUCUACUCCUACCUUCAAUGUCCAGGCACGGAGCUACAAUGCGUCGAUACCUGCGGCAACACCUUAUGGUAUGAGACCAGCUACAAACUACCAGACACCGGCAUCCGCACGGCCGCCUUACACGCAAACACCAUAUCAAAGUCAGACUACGUCUUACAAUGCUAAUCGCGCGACGAUUCAACAGUAUCAGCGGGCAUUAUCGAAUGGUGUCGGAGGUUAUGCCGGUACUCCGGGACAGGCGCAGACACCUACCCUGGCGCAGAGACCUACACAACCAGGAUAUCAACAACGAGCCCAGGAUAGCGCCAUGGCACUUUUGGGUCGGUCUGGGUCUGGGUCGCCCCAGAAACCAUUGAUGAAUGGACAGACUUACACCCCACGGGGGCUUACACAAACCCAGUACUCUUAUCAACGGCCCAAUUCAGGAACCCCUGCUACGCCAACGUAUGCAAAAGUCGCGGCUGUCAGGUACGAGGGUGCAGUAGAUACCAAAAACGGGGAUCUCGGCAGUACUGGAAGAGGGCAAGCGCCAGGAAACUCGCAACCACAAUCUCCAGCAGUUGCAGCCGCAGCGGCGAUGAGCCAGUCCCAGACCGUGGAAGUGUCUCGGUGA